UCUUGCCUCCACCUUUAAAAAACUCGAGGUUCGGGUACAACAAUUAACCAUCUUGGAUUGGGCUUGAAAUCGUGUUAGGAAGCUCUGGGCUGGGGUCAAUUCCACCCCGUAUAGAAGGAUUCAGGAGCCCAUUUGUUUUUCUUCACCAACACCUCCUACUCGGCUAUUCCCAUUUGUUCCUGCAUCGGUUUCGUCAACUACACAGGGAACCGAAACAAAACCCAGAUGACUAGAUAACUGACGAUUUCUUCCAAGUCCAGAGCCGGUUAUCUCUCUCCGUCCCCAGAAAAGUAGAAAACUUUCUCAAUUGCAUCAGCUUUGUGGGUUUUGAUUGUAUAGUAUUUUGUUAACCAUGGAUUGCACUAUGAAGAUGACCUCAUCGAACAUCAUACCAGUUCCUUCUUCACCAAAAAUGAAUCUAAAUAAUAGGAUUCCUUGUGGGUUUCGAUACAGCGGAGGUGUUUGCAUCCCAAGAAUCCGUGCAACGGCUCUCGACGGCUUUGCUGCCCAUGGGGACGGUUCAAGUUCAGUGGUAGAUAUGCAUAGAAAAAGAAGUAGUCUUGAAUCUCUGUUUUGCUAUGACAAGCCUAUACCCGAGGAGAGAAUUGAGAAGCCAGUUGGUGUUUCCAUAGAGGAAAAAUUAAUUGGAGAUAAUUCACGAUGCACUGAUUGUCAAGCAAAGGGGGCUGUCCUUUGUGCCACUUGCUCAGGUUCAGGCUUAUAUGUUGACUCAAUAUUGGAGAGCCAAGGAAUCAUUGUCAAAGUCCGAUGCCUUGGUUGUGGAGGAACUGGUAACAUCAUGUGUUCCGAAUGUGGCGGUCGAGGUCAUCUUGGACCGAAGUGAUGUAGCUAAGGUUCCUUUUCUUUACCUCAGCCUUGUUGUGCCAUUUUGGAUGUAAUGUUUAUGCUUAGUUACACCAUAAUUCUUUAGUUUUAAAAUUUUAAAGGUUUCUUGUUUGGUAACCUGUGAUAAUUUGUUUUCAGAGUGGAACAGUAUUGUUUUUGACUCGGUUAAUCUUAUUUGACUCAGUUUAUCUAUUGUC